GAGGGGCACACGCUGUAUGAUAGUUUCUUAUCCAACACACUCAUUGGAAACAAUGUUUAUCGGCUAAAUCUGAACAGCUUUUUUGCUUUGUUGUUAUUGGUUUCUUUUAGUAGCUUGUUUUUUAGUAACAUCGCAGACUUUCACAAGUUCCGAUGUGUCCACACAGGCAGUAAACCUGGUUAAAGCCACACUAUGACUGAAUUAGAAGCCGUGGGGGCAGGGACGCCUCCACCCUACAUAAUGUUUCUGGUGGUCUUCCUUUUCUUUCUUACGGGACUGCUGGGCUUCCUAAUCUGCCACCUCUUGAAGAAGAAGGGCUAUCACUGUCGGACAGACGUGGAGGAUGAGGAAGAGGAGGAGAAGCUAGGAGAAAAUGCAGAUGAUGAGGAUGAAGAGAACCAGGACACGGUGGAACAGAUCCUUAAAUGUAUCAUUCAAAAUGAAGCAAAUAUGGAAGCCUUCAAUGAGAUGUUGGGAAACCAUAAUGUCUGCAUACGUCAUGACCCCAGGUUGCGUAAGGAGUCCAUUGGUGGUAUUCCUCCCCAUCUCCACACAGUUCACUCAGGCACCGACCACAACUCCUGCCACCUCUGUGCCCAGAUUAAAUCUAAAAAAGGCCGCAGACAAAGCAGAACCCUACGUGCCAAGCAACGACCUGGGGAACAGACUGUCUUCUCUGUUGGCAGGUUCCGAGUGACACACACUGAUAAAAAGUCUCAUGGUGGUCCUAGUCCACUGGCCAUUUCAGGGGACCAGCUGGACCAAUCCCAAGACAGCGAUGAUAGGAAAGAUGGCGGAUACAACCUGAGAAGCAUGUUUAAGGAAGUCCGCCGACCUUCAGAAAGUGCCAGUGGAGUAUCUGCAAAUGUGGGAAGAAGAAAAAAGAGUGUGACUAUAUUUGGGCUAAGGCGGGGCAGUGACCCUGUAGGUAUUAAGGUAGGGGAGGAGACGGGCAAAGAUAUUGGAGGGGUUAAAUUUGCUGUUCAGCAGCAACCUGUAGUGCUGGAAGAGCCCGUGCCUGUUAAGAACAUUAAAGUUGAUCUUCAGUGUGGCACUAAAUCUGAUUCCAUACUUGAGACUGAGCUACAACAGGAGAAUAAAACAUCAGGUUCUCUUAAUUCUCCUUCUUCCCAGAUUAAAACUGUGCUCAAUCCUGAACCUUGUAAAAAGAUCCAGUCUUCAUCCGGGAGUACAGUUGCUUCUGCCCCAAGUUCUCUUCCUAUUCCAUCUGAGAAGGGAGUAAAUGUUGAGGGUCAGUGGAUAAAACCUGAAGAGGCAUAUGAAUUUGGUCCACUGCAGACAUCUACACCCAUUGUACCUAUGCCCACAUCAAUUCCAGGUUUCACUUCUGUCAGUCAUACUGGUCAGCUUGACGCCUGUUCCAGGACAGGUUCUCAACUUAUUCAAACUCUCCCUGACCUAAGCUCUAGUUCAGAUAUGGAACCAGGUUUAACCCUAGAUUCAUCCCCUUCAUCUUCCUUCCCAAUCAAGACGCCAUCUUCAGUUUCUUCAUUAAAAACUCCUACAUCCCCCCUAGCAGUGACAGCAAGUCCCAAAGUUGGCUCAAAAAAUAUGCCACCAGAAGCUGUAAAAGGAGAACUUCCUCGUGUCCUCACACCAAGCCCGAAACUCUCACUUCACCAAGAAAUGUCUAGCCAAUCACCUGUUUCCUAUUCAUCCUUUAGACAAACUUGUAGUCCAUCACAAGCCCAAGCUCUGGAGAGAGAGCUUGAAGGCACGACAAUGCCCAAAGCUGAAGAAAAAUUAGAAUUUAAGAGACCUGGAAUUCUAAAAAAAAACAAACUGUCACCAGUUGGAGCAGGGGACUCUAAAAGCUCUGCCCUUUCAUCUUCAUCUGAACAACUUUUUAAAGACAGAUCAAGCAGUUUACCUUUGUCACCUUCUAGCCUGUCUCCCUCCUCACCUCAAGGUGGCAGAAUAAGUAGUGUGACCAUUGUUAAAGCCAGUCCUGACAGCCAGAGGGAGUUCUCUGUUGUCACAAUGGUGGAAGAAGAGAAGUCAGCCACUAAAGACCAGAAAGAAGACGAUUAUGAACUUGGAGCUGAAUCAGACAAGAGGGUUAUCGGUUCGGCUGAAGGAGAUGAUUUUGUACCAGGUGCUAGACAACCUGAGAGCCAGAGCGGAAAAACUUCUGGUGUAGAGGUUAUCCCAUCACUGAGUCAAGAGAAGGAGGACAUGAUGGAAAUGGAAGAUAUUAGAGACUGCAAGGUGAUGCAGGUGGAAGGAGCACAGUUAAUGGAGGAAGAAGUGGAGCUGAAGAUGCAGACUCACUUGGAAAAGGACUGACAGCUGAAGUCACAAAGUGGUGAAAAGUUAAGUGUCCAGUGCUAAUCUAAAGAAAGUGACUGUUACCAUCACUAAGUAGAAUAAGUCAUUCUUAUAAAAUAACCAUAAGCAUAUUUUUAAUUAUUAACUGGUUACACUGUAGGGGGACUGGACUGGAUGGUUAAUUGAAAAGCCAUUCACACAAAUUUCAAAUUUUCGUUAUGUAAUGGAUAACCACUCUUCAGUUCACACCUUGGCACUUCAGCAUCUAAUAUCCCCAAAUGAUGGGAAUUCUCUAAGCUCUACACACUUUCUCACAGCAGGAGCUUUUUCAAAGUUCUGGGAACCAAUGGAGGAACUUUUUACUGCGUAGCUAAAAGUUCAAGUUAUUAGAUCUGUUUUUGGGGUGUGUGUGUAAGAGUAUGACAUGAGUAGGACAUAAGAGGAACUUUGAGUGAAGCAAACGUACAGUGAUUUGUCCAGAUAUACAGUUUGAUCAAUCACAUGAAUGUAGAUCUGGCAAAAUAUUACCAUACAAACAACAGUUUUUAACAUGAGCCCUAAAAAUGGACCAAAUCAGAAAGAAGAGAACUGACAGCAAAGAUGCAAUUUAGUUUUUCUAAACCUGCUAAAAAAAUACUCUCCUCAUAGCGAAGAAAUGUAAAGAGAAAUUAAAGUGGCUGAAACAGGAUUACAAGAAAAUAACAAACUAUAGGUGAUGUUACCUUAUCAACCACUGACAUUACUUCAAAUUUCCAGAUGAAACUGAUGUUUAGUGAUCCUUGUUCUUUUGUUUAUCUCACAAAAGAUGACAUAUGAACAUCCAAGUUUACCUCAAAACUCUCAGUGUUUUUCCACAAAGUUGUUUAGAUAUAAAUUGGAUGGAUCAGUCAUUGAGUCAAUUUUUUACAGACAUUCAUGGAGUAGUUCUGAAUGAAUCUCAGUACCUCUGGUGAUCUUGAAUGAAAUUUCUGUAUCUUUUAGAAUGAUUGCAUUGACAUUUUUUGACAUUUCAUCAAGCUUUUCUCGAGAUGCAUCUCAAUAACUUUUGUGAAAUCAGGCUUUUUGUCUAGCUCCACGAUCACGUCAAAAUUAUUAUUCCUUCCCACAUGCUGGUUUAUUACAGAGCCCCACAAGGGACAUUGGAGAAAAAAAAUGGAGAUGAACUUUUGCGAGAUCUCGCGAAACAGGCCGCAUCCUUCAGAGGUCGCCAGCUCGAAGCUGACCGUGAGGUCGAGGCACAAUGUGCCGGGAGUACGGUCUUCCCCCCGACUCUAGUGAGCCUCGACCUCCAGGUCAGCUUCGAGCUGGUGGGUAACAGAUGUCUUCGAAAACGUCGGAGCACUUUUGCAAAUAUGUGAUGUCUUGAUAAACCGAGCAGAUGUGUGAAGUUUACACAGCUACAUUCUUGCCUCAAAAUAUAUUAGUUUAGUUUUGUUUAUUUUGUGACCCAGAAAGAGUAAUAUUAAAACUAAGUAGCUGCCACCAUUGUUGGAAACUGGAAAUGGCUGGGCUGCGCUAUGAAUUCUGGGAUAGUUUUAGCAUGCUAACAAAACUCCUGAGGAGUGUUGAACUGUGUGAUUUUUAAGUUUGCUUUUAUAUUCAGCAUGAACAGAUGAUGUGCAUUGUCAUAUUUGUCACAACUCAUGAAUGUUUCAAGAUAUUUCAAGAUUUCAUACCACAUAGAAAUGAACACAAAAUGGUUGUUUGUUAAAUAACUCGAGUCAAAGAUGAGCCAGAGUAUAUUCAUACUAAUCAUGAUGGGCCUAAAAACAGAAACUUAGGUUUGCUUCGUCUUUGAAUUAAAAAAGUGUUUAUUGGCUGAACUGCAGAAGAUAUGUACUAGAAGGUUAUUUCUUUUCACAUUUAGUGCAUGGACAUGAGCACUAAGCUAGCUAUAGCUGAGGUGAUAUCAGAGCCCAUCACCUUUACAUAAAGUGAUAUCCUUUUACUAAUGGCUUUAGUAUGACCUGUGGAUCAGUGGGCUGUUGAGCUGUAAGAUUGUCUAGCUGAUGGUUGAAACAGUAAUUCUUUACAACACAUCCAUUAGAUUGUGAAGCAAAGUGGAGCCAUAAUGACUCCAUGGGCAGCUGGAGAUUUAUUAAUGUGCUGGCUCUCCAUUAAGUUGUUGUAAUUGUGUUUGAUGCUAUGCUAUAUAAAGGUGCAAAUGUUGCAAGCUGGUUCAAACAGUCCUAUUAUUCAAUUUCCUUUCCCCUUUUUCUCCCAAAUUAAUAUUUGUGCUAAAUUACUGCUAACUGUCAUUCAUAGGAGAGUAGGUGAUAGACAGCACAACAAAGAACUUUACCUUGACAGCAGAACAUUUAUGAUAUACACUCUUCUGUAUGUGCCCUGUCAGUAGUAGUGCCCCGAUAAGGACUUGAUCCCUCAUUGAUCCCGCAGCACACUGUUACUUUGUUCAAGAACCUUUGCCUUUUAUGAUGGUGCUAGACACUUUCAUUGGCAAAUACAAACCUCUUUAACCCCACACCAUGGCUUAGUUUUCUGUCGUUUAAAUAUGAAUGCAUAAGUAAAUAAAUGCAUAAAUCAAACAUGUUAUUUUCAACAUUAAACUGAAUGCAAAAACAAUAUUGAAAAGCAAAGCAGCAUACUGUCUGCUGGUCGCUUGGACGACUAAGCUGCACUUUCUUCCCAAGAAGCUGUCAAACUGCAGGCAACUUCCAAGUAAACUUAAAAAUAAAAAUAAUGUAAAGGUG